AUGUUAUCGUCGGAGACCAAGUUGGCUGGAUAUGGGAUUGGGCGUGGCCGGCGGUGGAGAGGUGUUGGUGUGGGAGAGGCGAUGUUCUCGGCCAUUCACAGUGCAUGGACAUGGAGAUGGAGGGCCCGGAGACGUAUACCAUCCCUGGAGAAUGUUGAGUUCGAGGGUUUCGAGAGCCAGCAGCUUAUUGAGAUGUCGAAGGUCGGGUUCCCAGCUCAGCGCGUUGGUCGAGUACUGCUCGACGAGGACGUCGAUAGCCGUUCAAAGAAGAGGCCCAAAGGGGCCAAGUUAGAUGCUGCGCACGCAGUGGAGAUUAAGUGGGAGAGGGGUCCCGGAAGAGAGUUGUAUUUGGGAAGGGCUCGAAGGGAUGAGAACAUGUCGACGGUGUUGGAACUGUCGGAGUAA